AUGAGAGCCGAGACUAUGGCGGAGACAACGUCAGAAGGGCGCGAGGCUAAGAGGCCUCGCGUCGACGACGGCACCCUCCCCGCGACUAAGAACGGCGUGAAUGGCGUGGGCGCACAUGCUGCCGAAAGCAAACCUGACGGGCCUGUGUCAACCCCUCACCAGGGUGAGCACCUACCGAACGGCCUCGCUACUACCGAGGAACAGGAGCGCAGGCAUUGGUUCGUUGGCAGCAUAGAUCAGGGAACCACCUCGUCUCGCUUCAUCAUUUUCAACGGCGAAGGCGAACCCGUUGCUGGCCAUCAAAUCGAGUUUGAGAACCUGUAUCCAGAGUCAGGAUGGCACGAGCACGACCCUCUCGAGCUGCUUUCUUCUGUAGAGGAAUGUAUCGAGAAGGCUAUGGAUGAGUUCGCAGAGAAGGGCUACUCUGCCAAAGACAUCCGCUCUGUCGGCAUCACGAACCAACGAGAGACCACCGUCGUCUGGGACCGUGAGACCGGCGAGCCGCUCUACAAUGCCGUAGUCUGGCCAGACACGCGGACAAAGGACCUCGUGCGCGAGCUCAAAGGCCGCGAUGGCGCCAACGAGCUGCUCAACCUUUGUGGCCUGCCUCUGUCUACUUACCCCAGCAGUGUCAAGCUGCGAUGGCUGCUAGACAACGUGGAGCCUGUCAAACAGGCGUACGAUGAAGGAAGGCUGGCUUUUGGCACUGUGGACUCAUGGCUCAUCUUCAGGCUCAAUGGUGGCAUAAAGGCUGAGAAGCAGAUCCACGUGACGGACAGCACCAACGCCAGCCGGACCAUGUUUAUGAACCUGCGCACGCUCAAGUACGACGAUUCAUUACUCAAGUUCUUCGACAUCGAUCGCAGCAAAAUCACGCUUCCCAAGAUCGUGCCUUCGUCAGACGCAGAAGUCUUUGGUCGGAUUGCCAGUGGUUCUCUGAAAGGUACCCGGAUUGCGGGAUGCUUGGGCGACCAGUCGAGCGCACUGGUAGGACAGUGCGGCUUCAGCCCCGGCCAAGCCAAGAACACCUACGGCACGGGCUGUUUCCUGCUGUACAAUGUCGGCACUGAGCCCGUCAUUUCCAAGGCGGGCCUCCUGGCGACGGUGGCCUACGACUUUGGCAAGGGCCGCAAGCCCGUCUAUGCCCUGGAGGGCAGUAUAGCGGUGGCCGGCUCGGGCGUCAAGUUCCUCAUGAACAACCUCGGCUUCGUCGACUCGUCGUCCAAGAUCACCGAGCUGGCCGAGAGCGUCAAGGACAACGGCGGCGUGGUCUUUGUCACGGCAUUUAGCGGCCUCUUUGCCCCGUACUGGAUCGACGAUGCCAAGGGAACACUCUUCGGCAUCACCCAGCACACGCAAAAGGGCCACAUCGCGCGCGCCACGCUCGAGGCGACGUGCUACCAGACAAAGGCCAUCCUCGACGCCAUGGAGUCGGACUCGCAGCACAAGCUCGAGUCGCUCGCCGUCGACGGGGGGCUCUCUAACUCGGACCUGACGAUGCAGACGCAGGCCGACGUGACGGGCAUCCCCGUCGACCGGCCCGCCAUGCGCGAGACGACGGCCCUCGGCGCCGCCAUCGCCGCGGGCCUCGCGACGGGCGUCUGGAACGAGCUCGACGAGCUCAAGGAGGUCAACCGCGUGGGCCGCACCGUCUUCCGGCCCAGCGCCGACCGCAAGAAGUUUGCGCGCAUGGUGCGCAAGUGGGAGCAGGCGGUCGACAUGAGCAGGGGAUGGGUCAAGGACGACGGGGAGUGA